UAAUGUUCUUUUAUACUGUUUCUCGAACCCACCACUAUCUUGUUCUUCUGUCUUCCCUGAACUGUGAAGUUAGCACCACCUUCUCCUAUUAGGUUAUGGCGUUUGCUCAUUAUUUGGUUGCAGUUCCCGUUGAACCCUCCCCAAGGUGCCCAAAAGCUACGAUAUUGAAUCCACCGUUUUCGAUUUCCUCAGAGUGUUUAAACUUGCCUUCUACCCUUCGUGCCAGAGCUCAUAAGCACUCACUAUUUUCCAGGUUUCGCAGGACCAGUCAUAAAGCUAAGGCUAAACCACAAGAACCUGAAGUCAGUGUAGCAAUUGAUGCCUAUACAGAAUUCAAGCAUCUGCUUUUGCCUAUUACAGAUAGGAAUCCCUAUCUCUCAGAAGGAACAAGACAGGCUAUAGCAACUACCACUGCUUUAGCUAAAAAAUAUGGAGCUGACAUUACAGUAGUAGUUAUCGAUGAACAGCAGAAAGAGUCACUGCCCGAGCAUGAGACCCAACUAUCCAGCAUCCGUUGGCAUAUAUCUGAAGGUGGAUUGAAGGACUAUAACUUGCUAGAGCGGCUUGGUGAAGGGAGCAAGCCAACAGCAAUUAUUGGUGAUGUUGCUGAUGACCUGAAUUUGGAUUUGGUAGUUAUUAGCAUGGAAGCAAUUCAUACCAAGCAUAUAGAUGCAAAUUUGCUUGCUGAGUUCAUUCCCUGUCCUGUCAUGCUUUUGCCAUUGUAGUUUGCAAUGUUUUAAUAUAGGGAAUGUUUUUUGUUUCAUCCGCUGUGUCUUCUCUGCCGCAAUUUGAUUUUCCAUGUUGUUUAGCAUUUGCUACUACUGUGUCAGGGAUAUUUUGUUAAAAAUGCAUAACUGUACCUGACUAAGGUGGGGUAUAUACAUAUUUAUGCUAAGUAUGACUAAUUUAUAAGCC